AUGGAUCUGUUGACAGUUACCUGCACUGUGUGUGUGUUGUUUCUCACCUGUUGUUCGGGUACUCGGGUAGAUCUCACAGUGCGGAUCUCUCCUGGGAAGCUGGACUGCUUUUGGCAGCAUGCCCCCGCAGACACAAACGUGGAGCUUGAUUAUCGGGUUUUAUAUGGAGGUGCCCUAGACAUAAACGCCAUGGUUGUUGGGUCGGAAAGUCAGGUGUACUUCAAUGAUUAUGGGAAGAACCAUGACUCUUUAGGGUUCAAGUCAGACAGUGAAGGAGACUUCAAAAUUUGUUUUGACAACACUUUCACCAUACUUUUCUCAAAGAUUGUUUUCUUUGAGAUUUAUGUUGAAGAUGGAAAAGAUGACAAUGAGACAAAUGGGAACAGUGGUGUCACCUUCGAAGAGGAAAGCAUAAGAGAACAACUGAAUAUUACUGUUGACGAACUGUUGGGUAUUCUAGAAAGAUCCAAGAAGAACACUGAACGCUCCUCACAAAUGCAGACAAUAAUCAAGAUAAACGAAGCACUGCACCGCAGUAUCCAGGAGGCCAACUUCUUUCUAAUCAAUUAUUUUGCAUUUGUGCAGCUGUUCAUCAUGGUUUCAUCCGCCGCAUGCCAAGUGUUGUUGAUCCAAAGCCUAUUUCUAGACAACAAGCCAACCAGUAGGGCAUCUCUGAAAGCAAAAACGUAG